AUGACUCUCCCUCUGGUUCAUGACACAAUGAACCUGAUCAUGGAUAACCCAUUCCUCUGCCUCGCUAUUGGACUAUUGUUGAUUUUUCUAUUGCGGUGGUCUUCGACUCCCGCUUUGAAGGAUGUUCCCACUGUCAAGUAUCAUGCUCUGCUGCCGGACUUUCUGAAUCGGAUCUUCUAUUACCCCAAUGCUAUACGCAUGAUCAGUGAAGGCUACUACAAGUACAAGGACUGUAUCUUUCGAAUGCUUACUGGCGAUGGCGAGGUAUACAUCUUGCCAAUGAAGUAUCAGAAGGACCUCAGACGUCUGCCUCUCUCCAAGGUCAGCUCUCUGCAUGCCCAAUAUGAAAAUGCACUGGGCGACUACACCCACAUCUUGCUCAACACAGAGUUGGUGUCUCUGACCAUUCGCAAGCGUUUGACCCCGAAUCUAAAUUGGGUCAAAAUCAAUGCCAAUACAUUGUUCAACCGUCUCAUUGCGGUAUCGGCAUCACGUCUCAUGGUUGGCGAUGCCCUCCGCCAAAACGAAGAGUGGCUUAAUGCGGUUAUUACCUACGCCCAUAGCCUUGGGAUUACUCUUGUCCUUUUGCGGCCUGUUCCCAAAUACCUCCGUCCGUUGGUAGCCCCAUUCCUUCCUCCUAUUUGGCAUAUGAACAAAAGCGUACGCCUGGCGAGGCGGCUUUUUGUUCCAAUUAUCGAUGAGCGAAGACGAGCGGCCCAGGAAAACCCAGCAUACACCAAGCCAGAUGACUUCUUGCAGUGGAUGUUGGAUUUGAGUGAGGAAAUGAAUGAAUGCAUCCCCGCCUCUGAUAUCUCAACACAUAUGCUACUCUUGGUGGGCCUGGCGGUUACACAUACCAGUACUAUGGCUCUGUGCCACGCCAUGUUCGAUUUGAUCACCAAGCCGGAGUAUCUGAAGCCUUUACGGGAAGAGAUUCAGCGCACUCUGCCCGACGGCUGGCGCAAGGGGACUCAAGCUGCAUUUGCAGAUCAGGCUCGACUGGACAGCUUCCUGCGCGAGUCCCAGCGUUUUGGACCACCUGGCGACUUGUCAUUCCACCGCAUUGUCAUGCAGCCACUGACUCUUCACGACGGUGUCGUCCUCCCAAAGGGGAUUCAUAUCUGUUUCCCCGCAGGCGCAAUCAGCAUGGAUCCCCGUUAUGUUUCCAAUCCCUUGGCUUUCGAUGGAUUCAGGUGGUGUAAAACCCCCGAAGAUCGCUACGCCAUGUCUCCCGAGCUGGUCAAAUCGUCUCUGGUGGACAACGAGCCCGAGAAGAAUGAAGAUACGGCUUCCAACACUCCGGCUAGCUGGGUGACCGUGACUGAGACAAACAUGGGAUUUGGAUACGGGCUUCAGACUUGCCCUGGUCGAUUCUUCGCAUCAAACACCACCAAGAUCAUCCUGAGCCGGCUGAUCCUGGACUAUGACUUCAAGCUUGCCGGAGACAAGCUCGGCGAGCGACCUGCUAAUGUGUUUAUUGGAGAGCAUAUUCUCCCUAACCUCGAUGCAGAGAUCCUUUUCCGGAAGAAGUCUCUGGCUUUUUGA